ACAAUCUCUCUCAUAUCGCCUUUGCAUACAAGAUCAGCAUAUCAGGCAUGGACUCUGCUCUAGCACAAAUAGCAGAUAACGACCUUGGCCUUGAACAGCUCGAUCCAGACGGGAAUGUUAUUCUGCUUGUUGAAGGUCAGAAUGCAAGACGGUUUCUUGUGUCAUCCAAGGUUCUCACUUUGGCCUCUCCAAUGCUUGCAAAGUUAUUCAGUUCCAAUUUCUAUGAGGGUGAGCAGAUCGCAAGUUCACACCGCCCCACGAUACCCCUACAUGGAGACGAUCCGGCUGCAAUGAGGACUAUAUUAGAAAUUCUUCAUUAUCGGGAGCCAGAGCAGGUUGAUCCAAUGGAUGCAGAGAGACUCGCCGUACUUGCUAUUAAUUGUGAUAAAUAUGAUUGCAUUAAGGCGCUCCGGCCCUGGAUUAUUAACUGGUUUUAUGGUUUUCCAUCUCUUGGAACUGCAGAGGAAUAUGGCUACCUUCUUCUUGCUGCGCACCUUUUUCGUUCUGCAGAGCAAUUUACCGGAAUAUCUGUGAAGGCCCAGACCCGACUUUCUCCUGAUUUCUUUGUUAAGUGGGAGGUUAUAGAUAUGCUAAGGUUUUUACCUGACGGAGUCCGCAGUGAUUUGGCAAAUGGGAUCGAGAAAGUACUAUAUCAGAUACAUGAAGAACUACAAUCCGUGGAAGGACGUUUAAGGGCUGACCAAAGGUGCCACGCAAUGCAAGGCAGGAUCUGCAUGAUCUGUGGAAGGACUCACCCGAUUUCAGCACGAAAAUGCCAUCCCUGCGGCAACAGUGACUUGUAUAUCAAGCACUGUACCAGUGAUUACCGAGUAGCAGAAUAUUUCAAUGCUUUACGAAAAUCAAGUCUCUGGCCGUCUUUAGAACCGUUCCAAAAUUGUUCUGCAGAGGAAAUCGCACUAUAUAUCUCACAUACAAAGUCGUUUCUGAGGCACAGUUGCGAGGCUGAAUCUUCCUGUCCUCUCCACUUGGAAUUCGACUUACUACUCAAAAGGGUUAAUGGAAUUCUCGGCAGAGUCAAAGGAUUAAGCCUUUACCCUCUUCAUGGGACACCUCUAAGAGAUGAAAGAACAUGAAUGAUGAAGCUAAUUCACAAAGGGUUGAAAGUUAAGGGACUACAGAAAAGUCUGAGUAUUUUGUUACUCAUGAAUAGUAUAGGUACUACAGGGCAUGUGUGUGUGCGUGUGUGUGUGUGUAUUCAUACGUCCGUUUAGUUAGUGACUAAUCUGCUGUCAGCCUUGCCCCCUC